CGGUCAUGUCACUAUCAGCUGUGACUGUCAUAACCUCAAAUUUAGGUAUGUCUUAUUUAUUUACAAUUCGAUUAGUUUUAUAGUAUAUAGCAAGUAAUUUUUCUCAUUAUCAUAAUGAGACGAAGGGCUGGGGUCGGGGCGAUACAAAAACAAAAACUCGAACAGGAAAAGUACAAAGAUAAGGGCAACGAAAUACAGGAAAAUCAAUUCGAGCAAAUGACUAAGCAGUUAGAGGUCUUUCGAGUAAAUUUAGAGGAAUUCGCCACAAAGCAUAAAAACGAAAUACGUAAAAAUGCGCAGUUUCGUAAACAAUUUCAGGACAUGUGCGCGUCUAUCGGCGUCGACCCGCUCGCUUCUGGCAAAGGGUUCUGGUCGGUGUUAGGCAUCGGCGAUUUCUACUACGAAUUGGCCGUGCAAAUUGUGGAAGUGUGUUUAGCGACGUCGUACAAAAACGGUGGCCUAAUUGGUUUAGGCGAACUACGUACACGUUUGAUCAAGGCACGCGGACAGGGCAAACAGCACCAGGAAAUUAGUCAGGACGAUUUAAUUUGUGCCGCGCGAAAGUUGAAGAUAUUCGGCAGUGGGUUUUCUGUUGUUAGUGUCGGUAAAGGACAGUACAUGGUGCAGUCGGUUCCCGGCGAAUUGAGCAUGGAUCAUACGGCAAUCAUCGAACGAGUAGCCAACUCGAAUAAAGCGUUCACUUCUGUGUCUAUGCUGCGAGAAGAGUUGAAUUGGGAGGCAACGAGGGCCCAGAAAGCUUUGGAUCACUUGUUGUUGGAGGGAUUGGUUUGGAUUGAUCUACAGGAUGUUACAGAGAAAUUGUAUUACUUUCCUAGUUUAUUUACAGCUUGUAUUAAUGCAACUAAUUAAAUUGUGCCGACGCUUAUAUUGAUUGCAGUUAUGUAAUGCUCACUACUUUGUAUAUAUGUAUAAAUUAUUUUAUUAAAUGCAAUUGCCAUUAUAA